GCCCUAAACACAGAGAAGCAGAUCAAGGAGCAAUUUGCGCAGCUUCACCAGUUUCUACGAGAUGAAGAGGCAGCCAGGAUAGCUGCACUGAGGGAGGAAGAGGAGCAGAAGAGUCAGAUGAUGAAGGAGAAGAUUGAGAAGAUGUACAGGGAGAUCGUAUCUCUCUCAAUCACAAUCAAAGACAUAGAGGAGCAGAUUAAUGCUGAUGACAUCACAUUCCUGCAGAACUACAAGAGCACAGUGGAAAGAGCCCAGUGCACACUGCAGGAUCCAGAGAGGGUUUCAGGAGCUCUGAUCAAUGUGGCAAAGUACCUGGACAACCUGAAGUUCAGAGUCUGGGAGAAGAUGCAGGAGAUUGUUCAAUGCACUCCUGUGACUCUGGAUCCCAACACUGCAAACCCACGACUCAUCCUGUCUGAGGAUCUGACCA